AUGCUCUUCCAUGACAUAUUCAGCCGCAUGCUGGAUGUCCGCCUAGACCCUGCCCACUCUGCACUGCUGCUGCAGCUGCUGGUGACCCUCUGCCUGAGGGCCUUCCGGAAGGAUGUCUUCAGAAGCCUGGCUAACUGUAUCACCCAGCAGCCACUCCAUCCUGCUAGGCUUGAGGACGCGUGCAAUGACAUCCAGUUCAUCACAGGCUCCAGGAUGAAAGUCAGGAACAUUGAGAUACUCUUUGCAUGGCUCUGGGGCUGGAACGGCGAUGGGAACAACGGCAACUGGCCGCGGAAACACUGGGAGUCAAAGCAGUACCGGGUCCUCUUUCACCAGUCCUUUGAUAUCAUCGUCCGCGUGUAUGAGGUUCAGCAGGCCCGUGAGUGGCAGACAAUUGUGAAGCAGACCUUCAUCCACAGCCACUGGAUCUUGCCCUAUCCAAGCAUGGCAGCCUUCUGGACACAUGGAAAGGGAGGGAAACUGCGAAGCUGGGCUAGCACCCAUUCAGAACUGGUUAACUACCUUCAGCAGUACCAGCCAGAACUCACCAUCAUUAAGCUGGACAUGAUUAAUGAGCUGCCCCUGGCAGGUUGGGAGGCUGGUGGUCAACCUUUGCCUCUGAAUGUGGCCCUUCCCUCAGUCCCCAGUAAUGUUGAUGCCUGGCUUGCCAUUGAACAAGGUCAACAUUCUGUUCCCACAGUAAUGUCCCCCAACCCAGCAGUCUUUUUGCUGGCUGUUGAUGUGCAUUCCAGCGAGCUGAGCCGCCAUCUUCAGGCCACUAUGGCUGAACAUCAUGUCCUGCGCUCAUUCACAGAGAAAGAGGGCCAAUCUGCAAGCCAGCUGCAUACCAACCACAAGUGGCUUACAUCUCAGCUUGUGUUACACAUCCAGGCUCUUGUUAAGGCAGAGAGGCAGCAGGUCCAGAGCAUGGACCUUCCAAUAGCAACUCAAUCCUGGCAGUCUCACCCUCGGCCCCAGCCCAACAGCAAUCUGACACUCCUUGGGCCAAGACUGAGCAGAAUGGAUCUUGAAGAGGAUUCUGACCCAGAAAGCCUGGUAAGAAAGCAGGAAAAACAUGCACGGUGUCAGGGGCGUAUGCAGCAGUGGUUGAAAGUUGCACAGAUAGAGGUCUUCUAUUACAAUCAGUGCAGAACUGCCAUGAAGGCAUAUCAGUGCAAAGCUGCAGGAAGAGGGCAAACAACACAAGUGCCCAAUCAGUCUGAGUUUGAGAAAGCACAGGUACAAAGUCAAAAGGCCAUUGGGUGUUUAGGUCAAGUGUCUCAGCAGGUCACUCAUCAUGCAGAAGGGAAAGUAUAG